UACACUUACUAUCAAGAUCAAACAUCUAAGGUUCUCCUACAUUUGAAGACCUUGUCACCCGACCAAUGAAUACUGCUACACCGUAGUAACGAACCACAAUAGGUAGGAAUCAGAUGUAUCAAGAAUUCUCUGUCUAUAAGAUACAGCUACUGCAUAUUCAAUUCGACUCAAGCUACAGAAGUGUAAAACGUUGCAGCCAUGGAGAAUCUAACAAAUUUGACUACAGAUGAAACAACACAUUCUGAUGGUAAUGGUCAAAGAGCAAUCUUCAUGAUCACAUGUAGUGUCUUGUUGGGACUAAUCAUCUUUAUUUCUAACAUGCUGACAUUAUUAGCAUUCUGGAAAGAAAAACAUCUGCGAACAUACACAAAUUUCCUGGUGUUAAGCCUCAAUGUGGCAGACAUAUCAACAGGUCUUGUUAUUAUUGCCGGGAUCAUUUGCAUAUCGUCACCAGACCAAUCAGCAUGCGACAGAAUUAACAAUCCCAUGAAAGACAUCCACAACACUCUCCUUCUCACGUCAAACUUCAACAUAAUCACAAUUGCUAUUGACAGGUUGUAUGCAGUCACUCGUCCGGUAAAAUACAGACUGAAUAGGUCAACUAAGAGACUAUUGAUCAUGUGCCUGUCCCCUUGGGCAACUGCUACUUUAGUAUGGACUUCUCUUCGGUCAUCUUUGACCAUCUUCCAGGAAUCGGAUACGUCAAAUUUCUACAGCCUUCCUGCAUACUAUAACCACAUAUGGUCUGCAACUCUGGUGACUUUCAUAUAUUUCUGGGGCCCCAUCACCAUUAUAACCUUAAUAUACGGAAAGCUUUUUUGUAAAAUUAAAAAACGUAAUCAACUCAAAAAGAUAAUCGUAAAAGGUUCAGCAAAUGAGAACAAACGACAGAUUACAGUGCACCCUCACAUUGACUCUGAAGUUGAAAUCUCAAGUAACAGAAAUGAGACAAAGAUAUCAGAAGCAGGCAUGAAUCUGACAAUUGUAAUCCCUUCCAAGGAUCAAAAUGAAACAUUGCCUAGCACAACUACUUCACAUUCUCAAAGACAAACUGCUACACCAAAUGACAUCCAAGUUCUUAUGGAUAAAAGAAGUAACAACAAUAUUGGGUACCUGGAGGAUGCUGAGGUUGAUAUUCAAACUGCCCAUGUGAUCUCAUCCGGCCAAGUGAACACAGAAAGAAAACAGGAUACAAUGCGGAUCAACAAGGGCCAGACGAUAGGAAAAGAAAAAUGGCUGAAGGGUAGUAACAAGGCGUAUUUGACCCUUUCUCUGAUCAUUUUGUUUUACAUCUUGUCUUGGACUGGCUUUUCUGUAUCAGCAGUGGUCUUGGCUUUGAUGAAAUACCAGCCAACAGUUUAUACAAACAGAGAAGCCUUAACCACAGUGUUCAACAUUUCUUUCAUUUUUAAGUACAUGAACAGUGCCAUUAACCCCUUAGCUAUCAUAAUAGCGCAGCCUCUAAUGAGGAUUACUCUUCGCCAUAUGUUUAAAUGUAAUACUUAAACAGACCUCACCAAUACCAUCAUCUUCCACACACCAUCACCAUACUAUAUUUACUUAAAUGCCUGAUAAAUGUCGGUGAUUAAGAAUGGAAGAUGGCAGUUGUGUCAUCAAAACAUUUACCAUCUCAAUGUUUUUGUACAUCUGUACUACUAAAAUAACGUUUUGUUAAUAUUUGUUAACAAAUAUCUCCGAAAAUAUUUUAAGUACAACUACGAUUUUCACACAUAUAGUAGCUACUCCAACAAGACGAACAUCCACUACAUUAAGACUUGAUUUUGUUAUCCUACAUGUGUUCUUUUGACAAAAUUAACACAUUUUCUUGCCGAUUACUUUCAAAUCUCAUAACUGUUGUGACGUCAUUGUGCCACGCACCCGCCCACAUGCACACAUUCAUAGACAAUACCACAAUAUCGCAUUCAAACAACGAACACAUCAGAGUUACCUCGUUAUUACAUCGAAGAUAAUUAACUACGAUAUAUUACAUACAGGAAAAUUUGAGUCUUAGAUGGCGGGAAAUAGCUUUCCGACUUCUGAGGUGUCUUUUAAGUUCUUCAAAAUUCUAGGUUUUUCCAUCUUGAAAA